CUAAAGAUCUUCUUCUCCUUCUUCAUCUCUCUCCCCAGUCCCCACCCAAAGAUUUCGGAGAAUUUCCCAAGAAAAAGAUCUUGCAUUCGUAGUUACUGCAGCUCCCCAAAAAGUUCUUGUUUUAUCUUUUGGGGCUUAAGCUAGAAAUCAUAGCCAAAUAUUUUUUCUUGAUGAGUUAGCCAUAUCUAGAAUCAGGUUAUGGCUGUUUUAUGUGAAAGGUGGAUUGAUGGUCUUCAGUUCUCCUCAUUGUUUUGGCAUCCUCCAAUAGAUGUACAACAACGGAAGGAUCAAAUUGCUGCAUAUGUUGAUUAUUUUGGCCAGUUUACGUCAGAACAAUUUCCUGAAGAUAUAGCUGAGCUGAUCAGAAACCGUUACCCAUCCAAGGAAAACCGCCUCUUUGAUGAUGUUUUGGCAACAUUUCUCCUUCAUCAUCCCGAGCAUGGGCAUGCUGUAAUUCAUCCAAUUAUCUCAUGUAUCAUUGAUGGUACACUGGAUUAUGAUAAAAGUAGACCACCUUUUGCCUCUUUCAUUUCGUUGGUCUGUCCAAGCAGUGAGAAGGAAUUUUCUGAGCAAUGGGCACUUGCUUGUGGAGAGAUUUUACGUAUACUAACCCACUAUAACCGCCCGGUUUACAAAGUCAAAAAACAUGAUAGUGAAGAAGAUAGAAGCAACAGGGGCAGCCAUGCUUCAACAAGUAAAUCUGUUGAUGGGGAGCAUAGUGAGCUCUCUGUGCAACAUGAGAGUAAACCAUUGAGGCUACUGUCUCCGUGGAUUACUGAUAUAUUGUUGGAAGCACCUCCACGCAUUAGAACUGAUUACUUCAGGUGGUGUGGUGGUGUGGUAGGAAAGUAUGCUGCUGGUGAUUUGAAGCCACCUUCAACUGCAUCUUCCCUUGGGUCUGGAAAGCAUCCACAGUUAUUACCUUCAACUCCAAGGUGGGCUGUUGCUAAUGGUGCUGGUGUCAUAUUGAGUGUUUGUGAUGAAGAAGUUGUUCGUUACGAGACUACUACCUUAACUGCAGUUGCUGUUCCUGCACUUCUGCUGCCACCCCCAACAACGCCUAUAGAUGAGCAUCUUGUUGCGGGUCUACCAGCUCUUGAGCCGUAUGCACGGUUAUUUCAUCGAUACUAUGCAAUUGCUAGUCCGAGUGCCACUCAGAGGUUGCUGCUUGGACUUUUAGAAGCUCCCCCUUCAUGGGCUCCUGAUGCACUUGAUGCUGCUGUGCAACUAGUUGAACUUCUUCGAGCAGCAGAAGAUUAUGCAUCUGGAUUGCGACAUUUUCAUCCCAUGAUUCCCAGGAUAGAAAGUGACCUGUGCACUGCAGUGUUAUUAAACCCGGACUGGGCAGUCGAACCGCGAUCCGGCCAUGUAACCGGUCCGGUCCAAACCCCCAAAACCUGCAAAAAUUUGGAAAAAACCGGGUUGACCCGGAAAAACUGGGACCCGGCCUCCUCGCCGGUUCAACGUCCUGUCCAGGUUUUAAAUCAUCGGUACACUCUACACUGUUAUUAAGAUGAUUGAAUUAUCUUUGUUAUAUAUCUAAAUGGUAUGAGCCAUACAUAAAAUAAUGUUGUUUUAUAUCUUACAAAGUGUUAUAGAAAGUUGAUUGCAAUUUUCAGAGUUAAUAACACAUUGUCUACAUU